AUGGCGAGCACGUCGAGAGUCGAGGCGAAUAGAGUGGUGUGCUAUGCACAUCCUGACGCGCCGCUCAUCGAGGACUACCGGGCAGGGGACAUGAUAUGUUCGGAAUGCGGCCUCGUGGUUGGCGACAGAGUUAUAGAUGUUGGUUCUGAAUGGCGUACAUUCAGUAAUGAGAAGUCUGGUGUUGACCCUUCCCGUGUGGGUGGUCCGGAGAAUCCUUUACUAUCAGGUGGAGAUCUUUCCACAAUCAUUGGUCCUGGUCGAGGAGAUGCAUCAUUUGACAGUUUUGGAGUAUCCAAGUAUCAGAACAGGAGGAAUAUAAGCAGUACUGAUCGGGCACUGAUUAAUGCAUUCAGAGAAAUAAAUACAAUGGCUGAUCGCAUAAAUUUACCGAAAACAAUUGUGGACAGAGCCAAUAAUUUGUUUAAACAGGUGCAUGAUGGCAAAAACUUAAAAGGAAGAGCGAACGAUGCCAUUGCGUCCGCCUGUCUCUACAUCGCGUGCCGACAAGAGGGCGUACCGCGUACUUUCAAGGAAAUCUGCGCCGUCAGCAAAAUCAGCAAGAAAGAGAUCGGCAGAUGUUUCAAACUCAUCCUCAAGGCAUUGGAGACUUCAGUAGAUCUGAUUACAACAGCUGAUUUCAUGUCUCGGUUUUGCUCGAAUCUGGGACUGCCGAAUUCGGUGCAGCGCGCGGCGACGCAUAUUGCGAGGAAGGCUGGCGAGCUGGAUAUUGUGUCCGGACGGAGCCCUAUUUCUGUCGCAGCAGCCGCUAUUUAUAUGGCCUCACAGGCGUCAGAAGAUAAACGCAGCCAAAAAGAGAUCGGAGACAUUGCUGGCGUGGCUGACGUUACGAUCAGACAGUCGUACAAACUCAUGUACCCGUUUGCGGCGAAACUCUUCCCCGAAGAUUUCAAGUUCGCCACGCCAAUCGAAUUCCUUCCGCAAAUGUAGUUGGUGUGUACUUUUGUAUAUUUUCCUUUUGUUGUAGUUCUCAUGGGUAUUGUAAAAAUGGUUGUUAUGCUGCAAUCCAGUGCAUCUGAUGAGGGGGUUAUCGUUCAUACCGUGACACCAUAUAGGCACCGCUUCGCAAUAAAAUGGAGUAUUGAAUCGUGGUCUAAUGUCCAUUUGCACUAUAUUUAAGUACGCUUAACCAGUUCAUGGACAGUAUUUAAAUAGCUCACAAAAAUGUCACUAGUUUUCUUUGAGCCGUAGCACUUAUAUCGAUUCAAUAUAAAAUAUUCAAUGUAAAUUAAAUGAAUGAAAUUUGUUGUUGGUAUAUCUUUAUGAAGAGGCAGUAAGUGGUAAACUAAAUGGGGUAAGUACCCCGUAUUAUCAUAUUCUGAUAUUCAAUUGUAAAGUAAACGCUGUUACUGUCCAUGAACGGGUUUUUUUAUCCCUCCUUCCACCCCCCCGAUAUUCAUUAUUCGGGGUCCCCAUGAGCAGGUGAAAUAUGAUAAGGCACUAACACAAUGUAUUAAGAGUGUUUUGCAUUACAAGCAUUGGUUUAAUUAAGACUUGCAAGUUUAGUGCAACUGGAUAUUAAUGCUUUAUAUUUUAAAGACAUGCUCUCGGUCAU